CACCUGCGUAUGGCGCAUGCACGAACAUCACAGCUUCCUAGCUUUACCUGUUCAGACACUCUGUAGGGACGAAAGCAGCUGUCAGCUCCGUUGACUUGAUGAGAUAGAAAUAAUCUGAGCAGGAGAAACGCUAUGAAACUGUGCCGGCCUCAGAACUGAACUGGUUCCCUGAUCUCCUGAAGUACCGACAACUUUCACGCAUGGAAGCAGGUCAAAGUUGGCCCAACUGAGACGAGCUGAAGCUGGAAGUGGAGACUUGGUGGAGGGUGGACCACAGAGGCAUAAAAAAGUCUUCACAGGUCGUGCCCGGAGUUUUGAGUCUCUUGCUAUUGGUGCAAGUAUGAAUCCAGUGUGGAAAGUUUAUAAGAGCAAAGUGCUGAAGACCAUCAACCCUGAGUAUGAGGAGGAACCUGCUGAAGAGGUCACCGAGGUGGAGAAUGAAAUGAGUCCUGUGCAGGAGGAUGAAGGACCCAACGCUGUAUCCCAGCUGGCUAGGAAAAUGCAGGGGGCUGGGACUAAAAGCUGGAACAGGCUAUCAUCUCUCUUCAACAAAGACGAUGAACACCAGCUUCUAGAGGAAACCGAGAGCCCACCAGUCCCUGACCAUCCACUUGCAGUAAAGCCAGAGGAGCCUCCACGACCCACUAAGCGCACGGCAUUCUGGGAUAGCUUUGCGGCCAACUGGGCAGCCAAGAAGCAGACGGAAGCUGCGGCCGCUGCUGCUGCAGCGAACGAGGCAGCGGCAGGUCAGGGUGAGGAGGGGGUGACAGAGGCCGGAGAGGAGGAGAGCCAGGAUGGGCAGAUCCCUCAGGGAGAGGAGAGUGAAGGCGGAGGAGGAGGAGGAGGAGGAGAAGGACGGAGCAGCAACAGCUUCUCCAAAUACGCCUCGCUGGGAGGAGGGAGCGAGGACACAUCCUUCAAGUGGAACUUUGUCACCAGCAAGCUGGCAGAGCUGAAGUCCAAGAGCAACUAGCUGCUCAUGAUGAAGAAAUCAGGAGAAUAUAAACAAUAUAAUGAAGGGGUUAAAUGUAGGAUUGUGGAGGAUGUUUAGGAAGAGGCUUUAUUUUACACAGGAUGUCCUGUAACCGACCUGCACAGCUUUGUAGAAGUCCCUUUUUAUCUGAACUAUUCAACUCAUGAAUCGUCUCCCAUUAACUUAGUUUUGAAACCAUGUUACAAUGAACAAAAAAAGUUACAUAAAUCGACUAUUUUUUACCUUUCCUUGCAAUAAUUUAGGCCAGUGAAUAGAGAACAGUCUUGGAAAAAAAUCUAACUUUCUAAAAGCACGGUCAUAAUAUAAAUGAUGGCAUGUUUCAUUCCUGAAAAUUAAACAUCCCUUGUUCCUGGGAGACACAAAGGUAGAUCUUGGAGAUACUCCAAUAUACAAAUACUUACUUCUACUAUAUCAUUACAGAAUAAAAUGAGUUUACUUUACAAAGGGGACUUCUAAAACUGCUCGUACUAAUUAAUUCAAUUCUU